UUUCAGAAUUCGUUACACUUAUCAACCUGCAAUCUGUGAUACCAUAUCCGCCUUAUAGACAUAACACAAUGUGGUUUAAUGGAGGACCACCGGGACCACCUCCACAUGGUCCUCCGCCACCUCAUCUUCUUCACGCACUUCCACAUCCAGCAUACCCGCCGGGUCAUCCACUUCACAUGCCAGGAAUGACAAUGAUGCCCAUGGGUCCAGUGGGUCCGCCGAUGAUGGCAGGGAUGCCUAUGAGACCGAUGCCACCACUUCCGCCAAUGACACCAAUGGGUUCGAUGCCACAUCCAAAUGAUGGUGGUCCGCAUCCGAUGAUGCUUCCUGGCGCGCCGAUGACUCAACAGCGUCAGAGGCCUGGUAUCAGAGCUGAAGCCUCGACGUCUUCCUCGCUUGUAGACGAUAAAGCAAAAAAGCAGAGAAAAUCAUCAAAAGUGACUGCAACACCGCAGAAGCGGUCAGAAGAAAUGAACGUGGGUAACGGAAUUAAUCCUGUCAACCAUGGAAUCACGCCGGCUCAAAUGCAGAGCUUGCAUAGCAUGGGACUCAAUCCGGCACAACUUGCGAUGAUGAUGCAGCUACCAAACGGAGUACAGCUUCAACAACCACAACAGUCUACCGCAAAUAAUCCAGCAGCAGUUUCUUCGGCACAACAAAUUGUUAAUGUGCAAGCGAUGGGACAUCCACCAGUUCCUCAACCACAGCAACAUCCAUUGGUACAGGCUCAACAAGCACAAGCCCAGGCUCAUGCACAAGCUCAGGCACAGGCUCAAGCUCAGGUACAAGCUCAAGCUCAUCAAGCACAGCAAGCUCAAGCUCAUGCUCAAGCCCAAGCACAGGCUCAAGCUCAGGCACAAGCACAAGUUCAACAGCAGCAUCAACUUCAGGCCCAGGCACAUGCACAACAACAUCUGCAAGCAGCUCAGCAGGCUCAGCAAGCCCAACAGGCUCAACAACUUCAGGCUUCUCAACAGCAAGCUUUACAACAAUUGCAAGCUCAACAGCAAGCUCAGCAACAAGCUCAACAACAAGCCCAACAGCAAGCCCAACAACAGGCCCAACAACAAGCUCAACAGCAAGGAGGACAGCCACAAGCCUCACAAGUCGCUGUUUCGUCCGCCCAACAGCCACAAGCUCAGCCACAGAAUAGUCAGACUGCGCAGCUCUUGCAACAAAUUCAAGCUAUGCAAGCUGCACAAGCAGCCCAACAAGCCGCCCAACAAGCCGCUGCGCAUCAAAUGCAACAAUCUCAAUUUGUGAACGCAAUUGCAAACCCGCCAUGCCCACCGCCACCACCAGGAAUCCCAUCGAUGCCAUGGCCUAUCUCAACCCCAGUUUGUCAUGUUCCAUAUUUUGACGUGAAUAUGUAUCGUUCAGUGAACAUUGAAGCUAUGCCAAGCCAUGAUGCCUCUGGAAUGGAUCUCCCACUAAUUGACAUCACAACUUUAAGGUUUUUCUUCAAUCUUGGAGUCCAACAAUCAAGAAAUCUUAUUGCUGCUAGACAACAUCAACAGGUUCAACAUCAGUCUCAAAAUCAGCCAGGACAACCUCCGGCACAGCAGCCGGCAACAAGUAUUCAAGAAAGUCUUUCUGCGCCACCAGGAGCUAGUCCUAAUCUGAUUGCACUUGUUAAUCAACCCAACGGUGGACAAGUGCCCAAUCAAAAUACUAUUGAGCAACUGAAUGCACUUAUUGGUCAACAGCAUAUUCUCAGACAGGCUCAGCAAUUGCAAGGACCACAAGGGCAAGCUCAAAAUCAGAUGCAGCAACAAUUAAUACAGCAACAGUUGAAUCAAAUUUUGGCCAGAAAUCAGCAACAGCAGCAACAGCAAAUGCAACAGCAACUCCAGCAACAAGCUAGCAAUAAUGCUCUUCAACAACAGCUUCAGCAACUUGUUGAACAGCAACGUCAGCAGCAACAGCAACAGCAACAAAGUGUACAGAAUGCUCAAAUUGCAGCUGCCGCUACAGCAGCUGCAUCCACAAGUACCCCAAACAGUCAGGACCGCAAAAUUCCACACACUGAGCUUGUCAACGCCAGCGGUCAAUCCAUUGUUGGACUUUCAUCGACCCCUGGAUUUCAAGUCUCUACCCCGGGACUGACUCAAUCUGCAACAACUCCAAUUCCCACUUCGAUAACCCCAAACGCACAACAGCAAUUCCAGAAACACUUUGAAGGACAGACAAUGUUGCUGCAGCAUGCUCUUCUUCAACAUGCCAAUAACUCUAUGGCCCAACAACAACAACAAGUAGCCGCAUCUGGAGUCGGACAGGGACAAACGACACUUCAUCCCUUCAUUCGUCCAAACGAUACAACACGACAAGCACAACUCGUCAAUGGUGUUGGGGACCAGACCGUUUCACCUCGUCCAAUCCCUUUGGAUCCCAGCCCGCCACGAGCAACUAGCGGUGGAUCAACGGCCGCAUCAACAGCGUCAUGGGCGAAGGAACCGAUAAUAAAUGUGGAGGAUGACAAACCAUCGACAAGCUCUGGACCAUCUACAACAACUGCAUCUCACCCAGUCAACCCAAUUGGAAUCGCCAAUCCCCUUUCAGCUGCAUCAGCGGCGGCGGGGUUUCACACAACCAAAACCAGCACAGCCGUGUCGGGAAACGGAAAUCCGGGGUCGAAUGUUGCGACCCCUGUUCUUUCAAUAAUCCAAAUGUCGGAAGAUCACUUCACUGAUACAUUUCGGAAAUCUGACCAAAAAAUGCACCAAGGCCAAGCCGGAAACAUAAACGGGCAAGCUGUACGAUCGCCGAAAUCCGAUGGAAACGAUUCUGACGAACGUCCACCAGCGUUGGCACCAAUUUUGAUGAUGUCGUAUUUGAACAAUUGCAUGAGCCACGCAAAGACACAUCUGACAGCGAACGGGCAUCAAGUGGGCGUUGAUGACGAUGGUCAAGUUGUUGACUUUGCCGCGCGUCCAAUUGAUCCCAUUUUCAAGGAUGCUCGCGAGGAUAUGAAGGCAAAAGACGUCCGCACAUUGGAGCAUGCUGUGAAAAGGCCCUUCUCCAACAACAUGGCAACUCAUGCUAAAAAUGUGAAGGAAAGCCCAUCACCACAAAGACAUCCUGGACAAUCCCCACAUCAAAUUCCAUCUCCAAUGCGUCAGGGAGCUCAUAAUCCACUGGGAAUCAAUAGAUCGAUCCCGGAUGCCGCUCCACCAAAGAUCGAAGCUGAUAGCUCCAGAUCGCCCAGCGAAGACUUGGAAGAAGACGGUGGAGGAAAACGUCUCCGUAUUGCAACUGAUGAAGAAUAGACUUUGAAAUUGUCACGCGACAAUCUGACCGUCCAAUGUUUGGACCUAAUUUAUUUCCAGUUUUACCUCAUAACCAUAGACCAUUGUAUCAUCGCACCCAGCAUCACUUGACCUCAGGGCAACUGAAAUCUGAAAAUCUCUUCAAAUAUAUUCUCAAAACAACUAUCCCUCUGUGAUAAUAUCCUGUCAUUGUUAAAUGUUUCAUUGAUUUGCCCCGUUUACUAUGCUGUUGAAUAAAAAUCAGCUACAACUAUUCUUGGCCACAAUUUACGAUCAUUUUUGCUUUAACAAAUUCUUGUUAUAAACACAACAUUGUUCAUUAAUUUCCAAAUGCUCACUUUUUUGUUUGUUUUUCUACCUUCCAAUAGUCAGUUUUUUCUUGAUCCCAAAUGCUCCCCUUCUUCCAAAACUUUUCACUUUCCACGUUGCUUUCUUUCUUGAUGUAUUUUGCAAUCGUAUCUUGCCCCUCAAUCGAAUCACAUAUGUUAUGUUCCCUACUUGAAAUUUGGCUAGUUCAAAUUGGUGGAACUGUUCUGUACCUCUGUCCCCAUACAUCCUUCCAUAACACUUGCGAUCCUUUCAAAAAUUUGUCCCUUCUAUCUCAUGUGGCUCUUCUUUCCUGAACAGUGCUUUUUAAUCGUCUUGGUUUCUUUCUUUCUGAAAUGGAAGUAAAAUUUUAAUAGAAUUUUAAUUGUACAUAAAUAAAUGAUUUUAAAAAUUGAAGAAAAAAAAA